AUGGAAAUGAUACCUUGUUCAAGAAAUCUCUUGUUGUUACUAUGCUUUAUCAUCUUAAUAGGGUUUACAUAUACUGAAUAUAUUUGUCAAAUUAUGCCAAAUAUUUCAAUGAAUUUUGGUAUCUUAGGGGAACCGAUUGAUAAACGUCAAUAUGGUGGAAAUCGAUUGAAAUUUAUUGUUAUAUAUAGAGAAAGUAUUCAAAGGCAUAAUUUAUUUGGUCAAUUCAAAUCUGAAAUAGUAGAAAAAGCUCUUAAUUUUUGGGAAAGAACAUUAAGUGUUAGAAGACCACCAAAUAGAAAAUUACUUAUUGAUAGAGGAUGUGUUGAACCAGUAUUUUAUACAGAUGGUAGAACAGGUAAAAAGUUCUGUAAAUCACAAUGUAAACAGAAAGCUCUAUGUUAUGAUCAUCCAGUUCCAGAUCAAUAUGCAUCUGGAUGUGCUAUGGGAAAUGGAGGUGGUGAUAUAAGAGAUGUUUAUCAAGAUGGUCCAGGAUUUGCACCAAAUGAAUAUGUUCUAUUUGUUGAAAGUGAAAAUAAACAAGGUUGUCUAUCUGGAGCAACAUUAGCAUAUGCUGGUCCAUGUGAAAUGCAUCCUACAACUGAUAGGCCAAUUAUGGGUUCAAUCAAUUUUUGUCCACAGAAAAUGGAGAUUCAAGAGCCAGCGAAAACAAUGUUAAUUGGAACAGCUAUACAUGAACUAGGUCAUGCCUUGGGAUUUGUAAAAUCGAAUUUUGCUUUGAUGCGUGAUCCAGAAGGUAACCCAAGAACACCAAGAGAUCCUAAAUCAGGUAGACCACCUCUAAAUAAUGAAAGACAAUAUUCUGCAAGUGAAAAUACAGUCAGAAUAAUCAACCGUCCAUGGGUUACAGCUGCCGGGACCUUUUCAAAACCUUUCAUGUCUUUUGUUACACCAGUCUUGCUUGAAGAAGCACGCAAACAUUUUAACUGUCCUAAUUUGGAUGGACUUGACAUAGAGAAUGAAGGUGGACAAGGAACAAUCGGUACACACUUUGAAAAGAGAGUAGUUGGUGAUGAAACAAUGGCGGGUGUUACUGGAGUGAAAUCUGUACUUUCAAGGCUUACAUUGGCAUUCUUCACAGAUUCUGGUUGGUGGGAUGUUGACUAUUCAUUAGCUGAACCAUGGUAUUAUGGAAAGAAUUUAGGUUGUAGCUUUGUUAUGGAAAGUUGUUAUGCCUACAUGAUGCGAAUGAAACAAGCAGGAAAAAGUACGGAACCCUAUUGUGAUGAACCAGAUACUUUAAAAUGCUAUCAUCAAAAAGCAUUUGGUAUUUGUGCUGUUGGACGAUUUACUCAACGCUUACCACCUACUGAACAAUAUUUCAAUGAUCCUACUCAAGGAGGGACUAGCGUAUUAAACGAUAGAUGUCCAUUGAUUCAACCUAUGCGUAGCUUUUUCAAUGAACCACUUGUAACAUACUGUGAUCAUCAGUUGAACAUUCCUGUUGCUCAAAGGGGAAAUAUGUUUGCUCAAGAUUUUGGUAAUAAUUCAAUGUGUAUUAUACAUAAAGGAGCAUGGAGAGCUGAAAUGAAUGGAAAAGCAACAAAUGAUCCUCGAGUUAAAGCAACAUGUCAUCAGUAUUCAUGUUCUGGUGGUCUUCAAGUGAUUAUUAAUGGUAAACCAUUCCAGUGUAAUUCAGGAGUAGCCAAAAUUCAAACUAAACAAAUUCAAGGAGAAAUAAUCUGCCCUAAUCCUAAUAUUGCUUGCAGGAUUGCAUUACAUCAUAGUAGAUGUAUCUAUGAUAAACAGUAUUUAUGA